GUAUAUAAAUAAAACCCCCCACUCUUUCGUUUUUCUCUCUCAUACUCUCACCCACACACAUAUUUCGUGAUCCCACAUCUCCGUUAUCUUCCCUUCUCUCUCUCAACCGACUCUUUCCUUCUCUUCUCCGUCAAAUCCCUGUUCUCUGUUCCUCCCAAGUCUCUCUGACCAAAUACCUAACCGCUGCUUCUCUUCCGGUACCGAUACCGCACUCUUCAUUUCCGGCGGCUUUUCUUCUCGAAAACAGCAUUUCCUUUUUUUAGCUUCUGGAAACCAUUAGGUGUAUUCCAAAUUUAGGGUUUAGAUAGGCAUGAGGCUACACGACGAGAUUGUACCGUUUCACAGAAACGGAAAAAGAGGAGAUGAAGAUUAUGAAGAAGGAGAGGAAGAGGAGGUUAUUUCUUCCAUAGAAGCUGGGUUUCUUCAACCACCUUCUCGUUCUCUCCAGAGGAAACUCGUUAUUGUUGGCUAUGCGCUUACCUCCAAGAAAAUUAAGAGUUUCUUGCAGCCAAAGCUCGAGGGUUUAGCUAGGAAUAAAGGUAUAUUAUUUGUUGCAAUUGAUCAAAACAAGCCCCUUUCAGAUCAAGGCCCUUUUGACAUUGUGUUGCACAAGUAUUGUGUUUUGGGUUCCAUUCUGAGCUUAAUGUGAUUGCCAUGAUAUUUGACGGAAGUGCCAAUGGGCAAAAACUUUAAGGAUGCAUUGGUUCACUUUUACAAAUUUAUGUUUAGCUGUUAUUACUUGUAUCUGUAUAUAGAGUCUGUCAUUUAUAAUAGUUCUUAUCUGAGACAAGUAACGCCUUUGCCUUCUAAUUUCUCAUGCAGCUAACUGGAAAGGAGUGGCGACAGAUUCUUGAGAGUGCUUGCUCCAUCCUCGUCCAUGCAUCAUGACUUGAUAGUUGAGGCAGCGAGGCUCUUUUCUACUUCCAUGAUCAUCUAGCUGAUUCUUGCAGGAUUACAGGAGGACUCAUCCAGAAGUUACUGUUCUCGAUCCUCCAGAUGCUAUUCAACAUUUACACAAUCGCCAGUCUAUGCUUCAGUGUGUUGCUGAUAUGAAUUUGUCCAACUCCUAUGGUAAAGUAGAUGUUCCCAGGCAGUUAGUUAUCAAAAAAGAUGCAGCAUCCAUCCCUGAUGCAGUUACAAAAGCUGGGCUGAUGCUACCAAUUGUUGCAAAGCCACUUGUUGCAGAUGGGAGUGCGAAGUCACAUGAAUUAUCACUUGCUUAUGAUCAGCCCUCCCUUCAGAAACUUGAACCUCCACUUGUUCUUCAGGAGUUUGUUAACCAUGGAGGUGUUCUCUUCAAAGUUUAUAUUGUAGGGGAGGCUAUUAAGGUGGUUCGGCGAUUCUCUUUACCAGAUGUCUGCAAAAGGGAACUCUCCAGAAUUGAAGGUGUCUUCCGUUUUCCACGGGUUUCUUGUGCGGCAGCUUCUGCAGAUGAUGCUGAUCUUGAUCCUGGUGUUGCUGAGCUUCCUCCACAACCCUUACUUGAGAAACUUGCAAGGGAACUUCGUCGCCGACUGGGUCUCCGGCUAUUCAAUUUAGACAUAAUCCGAGAGCAUGGGUCCAGAGAUCAAUUUUAUGUCAUUGACAUCAACUACUUCCCUGGAUAUGGCAAAAUGCCAGAAUAUGAGCAUAUAUUUACGGACUUCCUUUUGAGCCUGGGGCAGAGUCGGUACAAGGAAAGAUCGUCCUAGUAACUGUUGGAAAACAAUUCGACGGAGGAAGUGCAGUAUAUCAAAAUCAUGAUGUUGCCUGAAUAAGUGUGUGCUGGAUGAGAUCUGCUUUGCUAAACCAUGUAUAGCAUAAUGUAGUUCCUGCCAGUGGCUGGAGGAGGACAUGCGCAAAAUGCAAAUGCUCCUGACCUUCAACUUCUGUAACUACUGACUUACUGGUAGGACCAUGACGCUCACAUCUCCCUGAAACUCGGCUGGAUUUGCUCAAGUUGUCUUACAAUUGUUUUAUGUUGUUCCAAGGUUCUAAGAGUAGUUGCAAAUUGUAAGCAGAAACCACCUCAUAUUUUGUCUAUAGACAUCCCCUUCUGGGAGAGCAUCCCUGCUGGCAUGUAUUUAGCACUUGUACAAUAAUACAUUUCACAUGUUUCUAAUAAUCCAAGAUGCCAUUUAUGCACCUGGUUUCCUGACA